AACCCCAUUAUGUGUUUGGAGCAGGGCCAAGCUUUGUCACUUGCUGUGGCGUCUUGGUCGUGUGCAGCGUCUCGUCGCGUUCCCUCUCGGACGCUGGUCGGAGUAUAAGUAGCACUCGCAGGGUGCAUUCUGUAGCACGAGAGGUAGAACGAGUGCUGUUCGCCACAUCUUGCCUUCGGUAGAAAUCUGAAAUUCUGCUGUCUAAUUCGACGUUGUAACGCAGGGUUCGAGAAGUGUAUUUAACGUGUAUCUCUGCGAGUUUAUGGGUCCCAAGUCAAGUUACCCGAUUGGCAGUCGAUAGUUGAGAUUAACUAAGGAUGUUGGGAAUCUUUGUGUGGCAGCGUCCGAGUUAGCUGCUUCGGUGUGCGGUUGCAGCGGCUCUCGAAUCGCAUUGCGAUCUGUUUGUCUCUAGCACGAUGAAAGCUAUAAAUCCACUGAAGGCAUUACUUUCUGAAUAAGACGGUAGAGUAGAGUGGUGGAGGUCAGCAUCGGCCACGUAGGAGCGGGAAGCAGUAGUACCGCAUUGUUAUUUUCUGUUGUGCCUCGAUUUUGAGCUAUGGCAUAUUUACAGAAGAUUGCGUCUAUUGACGCCCAAAUGAGGCUACUGGUGCCGAAGCGAGUGUCCGACGACGACAAGCUUAUUGAGUACGACGCGCUCUUGCUCGACCGUUUCCUUGACAUCCUCCAAGAUCUGCACGGCAAAGAAAUCAAAGAAGCGGUGCAAAACUGUUAUGAAUUGUCAGGAGCGUUUUGUAAAACCGACGGGAAAGAUGAGGCGAAGCUUCAGCAGCUAUCAUCUUUGCUCAACAAUUUGGACGCUGGUGACUCGAUCGUGGUAGCGAGUUCUUUCUCGCACAUGCUUAACCUUGGAAACUUGGCAGAGGAGGUUCAGAUCGCCUACCGUCGUCCAGGGAGCAGGAAGGGUGACCUUGGUGAUGAGAGCUCCGCAUUGACUGAGUCUGAUUUGGACCAGACAUUCCAGAGGUUGGUGAAGCAGCUCAAGAAAACCCCGGAAGAGAUUUUCGAGGCUCUCAAGGAUCAGACUGUCGAUUUGGUCCUCACAGCACACCCAACCCAAUCCGUCCGUCGUUCUCUCCUUCAGAAGCAUUCACGGAUUCGCGACUGUCUGUCGCAAAUGUAUGGCAAGGACAUCACAGCUGAAGAAAAACAAGAGCUUGACGAGGCUCUGCAAAGAGAGAUUCAAGCAGCGUUCCGCACGGAUGAGAUCCGGCGAUCUCAGCCAACACCUCAAGAUGAAAUGCGUGCCGGCAUGAGCUACUUCCAUGAAACAAUUUGGAACGGAUUGCCCAAAUUCUUGCGAAGAGUAGACACCGCCUUGAAGACCAUUGGUGUGAAGGAGCGUCUCCCACAUAAUGUUCCCCUAAUCCAGUUUUCGUCGUGGAUGGGAGGUGAUCGCGAUGGAAACCCGCGUGUAACCCCCGAUGUGACACGAGAUGUGUGUUUGUUAGCUCGACUCAUGGCCGCGAAUCUCUACUUCGCCCAGAUUGAAGAUCUUAUGUUCGAGCUGUCUAUGUGGCGCUGCAGCGAUGAGCUUAAGCAGAGGGUAGCUACACUGGAAGCACACGCAAAGAAGGAGGCUAAGCAUUACAUAGAGUUCUGGAAACACAUUCCUCCCAAUGAGCCAUUCCGCGUUUUGUUGGGCGACAUGCGUGACAAGCUGUACAACACGCGGGAGCGGAUGCGGCAGCUGUUAGCAAGUGGUAAGAGUGACAUCAAUAUAGAAGAUACCUUCACCGAUGCCUCUCAAAUCCUGGAGCCUUUGGAGUUGUGCCACCGGUCGUUGUGUGAAACGGGAGACAAGCCAAUUGCAGACGGCAGUCUUCUAGACUUCAUGCGUCAGGUAUCUUGCUUCGGGUUGAGCUUGGUAAAGCUGGACAUCCGGCAAGAGUCUGAGCGUCACACUGAUGUGCUGGACACCAUAACGAAUUACCUCGGCAUCGGAUCAUACCGCGACUGGUCUGAAGAGCAGCGUCAGGAAUGGCUUCUGUCUGAGCUUCGCGGGAAGAGGCCCUUAUUUGGAGACGAUUUGCCAACGACAGAGGAAGUGCAGGAUGUACUUGACACGUUCCGCGUCAUAGCUGAGCUGCCAACGGACUCCUUCGGCGCCUACAUCAUCUCGAUGGCCACUUCCCCGUCGGACGUCUUGGCAGUCGAGCUUCUACAGCGCGAGUGCCGUGUCCCAAAACCCCUCCGCGUGGUACCGUUGUUUGAGAAGCUGGCUGAUCUGGAAUCAGCUCCGGCUGCACUCUCACGCCUCUUCUCCAUUGACUGGUACCUCAACCACAUCAAAGGGAAACAAGAGGUCAUGAUUGGAUAUUCCGACUCUGGGAAGGAUGCAGGUCGUCUUUCAGCGGCCUGGGCAAUGUACAAAGCUCAAGAGGAUCUUGUGAAAGUGGCGAAACAGUAUGGGAUCCGGCUCACAAUGUUUCAUGGCCGUGGUGGCACUGUAGGAAGAGGUGGAGGUCCCACUCAUCUUGCUAUCCUUUCCCAACCUCCGGACACAAUCAAUGGCUCUCUGCGCGUAACGAUUCAAGGAGAAGUCAUAGAACAGUCAUUUGGCGAGGAGCAUUUGUGCUUCAGGACAUUGCAGCGUUUUACCGCAGCUACUCUAGAACACGGAAUGCAUCCUCCCAUCGCUCCAAAGCCCGAGUGGCGAAACCUCAUGGAUUCCAUGGCCGUGACUGCCACCGAAGAGUAUCGUUCAAUUGUGUUCCAAAACCCUAGAUUCGUAGAGUAUUUUCGAACGGCCACUCCGGAGCUAGAAUAUGGGCGCAUGAAUAUUGGCAGUCGUCCGUCGAAACGCAAGCCGAGUGGCGGGAUAGAAUCUCUGCGAGCUAUUCCGUGGAUUUUUGCAUGGACGCAGACACGGUUUCAUCUUCCCGUAUGGCUGGGCCUCGGCGCUGCUCUGAGGCAGGCAUUGGAAGCUGAACCAAAUAACAUGACUGUCCUUUCGCGAAUGUAUGACCAGUGGCCUUUCUUCCGAGUGACCAUCGAUUUGGUCGAGAUGGUGUUCGCCAAAGGUGACCCCCGCAUAGCCGAGUUGUACGAUAGUUUGCUUGUAUCUGAGGAGCUCAGACCCUUAGGCGAUGAGCUCCGGGAGAAGUAUGAGGAGACGAAGGCACAUCUGUUGAAGAUAGCAAGACACAAGGAUAUCCUCCAAGGCAACCCUACCUUGAAGCAGCGUCUGAGGCUUCGAGAACCUUAUAUUACUGCGCUCAAUAUCCAACAAGCCUUCACUCUCAAGAAAAUGCGAGACCGAAGCGCAUACUACGCAACCUUGCAGCCUGAGUCUCCGAGACCGACCAAGGCUGCUGCGGAGUUGGUGACCUUGAACCCCACUACUGAGUUUGCGCCCGGGCUAGAGGAUACUCUGAUCCUGACCAUGAAGGGUAUUGCCGCGGGUAUCCAGAACACAGGCUAGAGGUCAAUUCCGCUUCCAAUGAGGGGAGAUAAUUCGACCGCAAUCAAGGACUGCAGGGAAACAAAGUCCACAAGAUGGCUGUUGCAUUUGGUUGCCUCCUGCUGCCUUCAACGUGCGAUCAAUGUUGCUACAAGCGGAUUUUAAUGGUGUGAUGGCUUUGAAAAAGAGAGUUGGUGAGCUGCGGGAGAAUAGUCAAUAGGGAGAGAGCAUUCGGUCAUGGCACAUUUAGACGUUAGGAUCCCCUCUGCCAGGUUUAUUGCAAGUGCUGUGGAGCACUCUGACUAUGUAUCAAUCUACUAACUUCAAUACAAUGCGGAGAUUUUCAUAUU